AUGUUGAUCAAAAACAACUUCUGUACGGAUACAAAGAAACGGCUGUGGUUGUUAUUAUUUAUUGGAUCGUGUGUGUUGGUCACUUUGUACAGUUUAUGGACAUCAAACAGUACCGCCGACUCCUUUUUCACACAAAAGUUCAAAACAAGCAAGGAAUUACUCUCUUAUCGACAUCGUAACUCCUCAUAUGCAAACACCAAACAACACGAUUCCUUCAAUAAGAGUCGAUAUAUUUCAAAAGGCUGGCCAGCUAAUCACAUAGCAUUUCUAAAGAUUCACAAGGCCGCCAGUACAACGGUUGCAAGUUUAUUUCAACGUUACGGCAAGGAAAACAAUCUCGUGUUUGCUAUUCCAAGAGGCCACGGUGGGGGCGGUACUGCAUUAACAUCACGCUUCUUCUUCCCACCACCAAAACGUGGAACUUACGAUAUAACUUGUGGCCAUGUUCCAUAUAACAGAGAAGAAUUUAGUCGAGUGUUACCUAACGACACUUUGUAUAUAGGGAUCGUGAGGGAGCCAUUCAGUCAAUUCCGUUCCUUUGUAAGAUUUUUUCGACCUAAAAAUAUUCUCAGUUUAUCUGGGGAUAACCCUGUAUUGAGAUAUUUAUCUCAAAAUGAAUCACACAUGGAGUUUCAACGCUAUACUGUUACCAGAGUUCGAAGUAAAAUACAUGAUUUCAAUAUGAUGGCCAACGAGUUCGGAUUUCCUGAGAGUCUAUUUCAGAGCAGAGAUCCAAAACAAACUCAGAUAUAUUUACGCAAACUAGAUGAGGAGAUGGAUUUGGUAUUAGUGGUGGAAUAUCUGGACGAAUCCCUGGUACUGAUGCGGCGACUCUUAAACUGGGAUCUUAAAUAUAUUUUGUAUAUUAGCCUACAUGUCAACAAGAUCGAAGAUCCUCGACUCCAGUUUGGAUCAAAAGAAGAAAGUCUGUAUAGAGCAAGAUCCUAUCUAGACCAUGCCUUGUAUGAUUUCUUUGCUCACAAAUUGAAGGAGAUUCUUAGACGCCAACGUGUUGAUUUUUAUGAGGAGCUUGCCUACUUUAAGAAAACUAGAAUGAAGUUCAAUCAUUUUUGUUUGUAUUUUGAUUCUGGUACCCUGGUCAAUACCACAAUUUCAUUCGAACGCAGUGAGUGGAACCAGCCGUUUGUCAUCACGAGAAAGCAUUGUCAGCAACUAAGUAGUGCCACUUUUCUAAGACGGCAAGCUAAGAGUCAGGGUAUAGUCAUGAAAAAUCGCUGA